CAGUGUGUCAGGAUUCAUCGGAUGCGUGAAGCAUACGGUAAGUUAGGCCCCGUCCACCUAGCUAAUAUAUUGCAAAGCCACCGCCUAUGGUAAAUUCACUGCGAUCUCUUCGAUCUUCAGCACUUCUUACCUCCACAGCCUGCUUGCUACCAUCCGUUCUGCUUGUCCACCACCUCGUCGACACUCCCAUCACCAUCCCAACCGCUGUCCAAGAUGUCAGCGGGCAACACAACGUAUCUUCCCAUGGACCAGUGCUUCAAUGUCUCGUCUCAAUGUCCCGUUGAAAACACCAUAUACGGCUACUAUCCCUCUGUUGGUGCCAAUUGCUUCUUCGUAGCCUUCUUCUUCAUGGCCGCAGUCAUGCAACUCUACGGAGGCAUCCGCUACAAGACAUGGACGUACCUCAUCGCCAUGUUCCUAGCCUGCAUCGACCAAGGGCUGGGAUACAUCGGACGUGUCAUGCUCCACCAGAAUCCCUACAGCCAAGUCGGCUUCCAGAUUCAAAUCUGUUGCCUGAUCCUAGGGCCUGCAUUCAACUCGGCAGCCAUCUACCUUGUCCUGAAGCAUAUAACACUGUGCUUCGGCCCUGAGUACUCACGCAUCCCACCACGGUGGUACACAUGGAUUUUCAUAGCAGGCGAUCUUUUGUCUCUCGUGAUCCAGGCCAUCGGAGGCGGCAUGGCAGCGACAUCCGAGAACGACAACGCUAGACAAGAACUCGGCGACCACCUCAUGAUGGCGGGUAUUGCCCUGCAAGUCGUGACACUCUUGUUCUUCGGCACUGCUGCUCUCAUGUAUAUCCUUGCCCGGCGCAGGGCGCAGAAUGUGCCAUUGUCCACUGAAGCGCGCAAAUUCCUCAACAGCACACUGUUCAAAUGCUUCGCCGUGGGCUUCACGCUUGCCUUCGCAGCAAUCUUCAUUAGAUGCGUGUACCGUAUUGUCGAGAUGGCCGGUAAGUCGCGAUCUUCCAGCGUCGUUGUCAAGAUACUAACCACCGGUCACAAAGGUGGAUGGGGCAACCCGAUCAUGCAGUCGCAAACCCCCUUCAUCGUGCUCGACGGGUGCAUGGUCACGCUCGCCACCCUGAUGCAAACCAUCUUCCAUCCUGGAUGGUGCUUCCCACGUCUGUCAAGCGCAUAUGUCGCACCCCCUGACCGAUCGUCAUCAAGCGCCCGCCCGACACAAUCUGAGCUUUCCACGAUUGAGACGGACAAGAACGCCCCGGACAGCGCGGAGGAGGUAUGAGCAUGACAAUAGCUCGGGCACCCCGGACAAGACACCAAUUUCAUUCGAUGUGAAAGGCGAUUUCCAAGUCGAUGAAACAGUUAUUUUAGUCGAUACGGACGGCUGCCUCCAGGCUAUCAACGCUAGAUACUCUUCUCGAUAUUAAUGAAGAAAUUCCGAAUCCUAUCGAGCGUUUUGUAGCUUUGCAAAUAAGAAAGGCGCCUAUCACAACGUAGAGAGUAGUUCUGUUGUUAUUAAAGUGUCUACCAGCUUCAAGAC